GGCACAUCAUGACAUCGUCUAUUUCCUACACUUCACUUGCCAUUUCGUCACUUUUACCUUAUUUUUUUGUGGUGGAACUCGACGUUCAGACAACUUGGCGUCUUUUCUGCUUUCCUCUGACUCCGGUAUUGUGGCGCUGUUGCUGUUUUCGCGCCCUCUUUCCUUCACAAACACCGAACGACUUAUAUCUUCAAAGCAAAGGGAAAAAGUAUCUUGAGUAUGUACUCAAAAGAAACUCACUUGUUGACUGGCAUCGGAUCUUCUCAGCAUCUGAACGACAAACAUGGCCCUCCACUUCCCAGUCAUUUAUCUGCUCGCCUCCCACAUGGAUCCGGAUGAAUUGUAUUCUAUCGAGGAGCAGAUACCUACUCUCACAUAUGACGUAAGGGAAGCAGAUGUUGUUAUCGGUAAGGUUGGCAAGAGGGAAAGGGCCCUAUUUGAGCUCCGUAGGAUCGGGCUCAAGACUAGCGAGGUGCCAUUGGGAAACCUCGAGGCAAAUGAGCCGCCAACAAAGCGAAGGAGAUUGCCAGAGCAUGAUGCGACCCAGGACCCAGAGGCUAAAAUGGGUGACACCACAACCCCUACAACAGUGGGAAGCCUCAUUAAGGUGGCCAAGUUGGCAUGGUUCACCGACUCGAUCGCCAAGGGAGAAGUGCUUCCCAUAGACGAUUAUGUUGUUUACCAGGGCAUAAACCUAGGAAGAGAAGAGCCGUUUCCACCCAUCAAUCAGAUCGCGGCCAGCUUUAAGGAAGGAGCUGCUGCCAAGCAAGCUGGUACUGGCAGCGCACAUUCGAUGCCUUCGUUUAAGAGAAGACGAGGUCAACCCCAAUCCUACGUACCACACCUAAUGCCUGAAUCAACAUCGGAACACGACGCUGCGGAGAACCUGCCCCCUAUACCAAGCUUCCUCCACAGUGUAUACUCUUGUCAGCGGCCUACGCCGGCCAACCCUCCAAACUCGGCGUUUAUUGAGCAGUUGAAGGAGAUACGGACCACUAGGCUGCUGAACGGAGACUCUAUCGGCGUGCGGGCGUACUCGACUGCAAUAGCCAGCCUGGCAGCGUACCCGUACGGCUUGACGACGCAUAUAGAGGUCCAAAGGCUACCUGGAUGUAACGAAAAGAUAGCCUUCCUUUAUCAGGAAUGGAAACACACCGGCAAGAUUAAGGAGGUCGAGGAAGCUACUCAAGAUCCUAGACUCAAGAUUCUUCGGGAGUUCCAUGCAACGUGGGGCGUGGGUGACACGACCGCCAGAGAAUGGUACAACAAAGGGUGGAGGGACCUCGAUGAUGUCGUCGAGUAUGGCUGGGAGUCGCUCACCCGCGUCCAGCAGAUCGGCGUCAAAUACUAUGACGAACUGCAGCUGAAGAUAUCCCGGGAAGAGGUUGAAAAGAUUGCCAACAUAAUUCUCCAGCAUGCCAACAAGAUUCGAAGUGGCUUUCAGAUGGUCAUAGUCGGCGGUUACCGCAGGGGCAAGGAUGAGAGCGGCGACGUCGACUUGAUUCUCAGCCACCCAGACGAGUCUGCGACAGAUAGGUUCGUUACAAUGCUCGUAGACAGCCUCUCAGAUAGCGACUACGUCACGCACACUCUGAGCUAUACUGUCAAGAACUCAGAAAGGGGCCAAAAGCCUGUGGCCUGGAAAGGGAGUGCUCCCAAACCGCACGGUUCAGGCUUCGACACGUUAGACAAGGCUUUGGUGGUGUGGCAAGAACCAAAGCCAGGUGCUAAGAAGAAUCCAAAUCCCCACCGCCAGGUGGACAUAAUCAUUAGCCCCUGGAAGACGGCAGGUUGUGCUGUCCUUGGCUGGACUAGCGGGACCACAUUCCAGCGAGAUAUGCGCAAGUACUGCAAGGAAAAAUUGAAUCUCAAGUUCGACAGCAGUGGCAUCAGAUCACGGGCCGAUGGCCGAUGGGUGGACCUGGAGAGCAGAGAUGGCGUGCCGGCGCCAGAUAUGCACACUGCCGAAAGGAGGGUUUUUGAGGGCCUGAAAUUGGAAUGGCGGCCACCAACGGAGAGAAACACGGGCUGAACAACGAGCGUACAUUGUAACAACUGUGUAAUUCCAAAUCAUGGUAUACUCGUGAUUGACUCAAUCAUUCGAUUGUCUGUUUUGUCUAGGAUUACUCCACACAUUGAAUGCGAGUUACGAUGGUACAAUUUCCACCUAAAGCACAACAACAGAAAUGGGCCUUCUGUUACUCG